AUGGCAGCUUCUUCGGAACUUCAGAGCCUAGACUUAUUGAUAUCUAAGAACUUGUCUGAUGUUGAAUUACAAGAAUACAAUCGAAUUCACUAUGGGCGCACCCACCAUCACGAAUUGAAUAUAAAGCAAAGUAGCCAAGAAUCUGCGAAGGAAAAUGGUUUUGAAAUUGCUUCCUAUGACUUUCCGACCAAGAAAGAAGAAACUAGGAGUCCACGUAUAGUAAGAGUUGGUGUUAUUCAACAUACUAUUGCGACAUCUACUGAUAAACCAUUAGUGGAACAGAGACAAGCUAUUUUUGAUAAAAUUCGCAAAAUUAUAGAAGCAGCUGGAGAGGAGGGUGUAAAUGUACUUUGUUUACAAGAAGCAUGGAACAUGCCAUUUGCUUUUUGCACAAGGGAGAAGCAGCCUUGGUGUGAAUUUGCUGAAUCUGCUAUAAAUGGGCCAAGCACUCAGUUCCUAAAAGAUUUAGCUAUCAAAUAUGGGAUGGUCAUUGUAUCACCAAUCCUAGAACGAGAUGAAGUGCAUGGAGAUACUAUCUGGAACACUGCUGUGGUUAUCAACGAAGUAGGAAAGGUAAUUGGAAAGCAUCGCAAGAACCAUAUACCCCGUGUUGGAGAUUUUAAUGAAUCUACUUACUAUUUUGAGGGGAAUACUGGUCAUCCAGUGUUUGAUACAAAAUAUGGCAAAAUAGCUGUUAACAUUUGUUAUGGCCGUCACCAUCCACUGAACUGGCUCAUGUUUGGAGUAAAUGGAGCUGAAAUUGUGUUUAACCCUUCAGCUACUGUGGCAGGAUUGAGUGAACACCUGUGGGCUGUUGAAGCCAGGAAUGCUGCUAUAGCUAACAGCUAUUUUACAUUUGCUAUCAAUAGAGUAGGAACUGAAUCAUUCCCUAAUGAAUUUACAUCUGGAGAUGGUAAACCAGCCCAUAAAGAAUUUGGACAUUUCUAUGGAUCAAGCUACUGCACUGCUCCUGAUGGUGCCAGAACUCCAGCUUUGUCCAGAGUGAAGGAUGGCUUGCUGAUAAGCCAAAUAGAUCUCAAUCUAUGCAGACAGAUCAAGGAUAAAUGGGGCUUCACAAUGACCCAGCGUCUUGAUUUGUAUGCUGAUAGCCUCAAUAAAGCUGUCAAGCAUGAUUUUGUACCUCAAGUUGUUUCCAACAACUAA